ACGUUGCGCACACGUGGUGUCCGCACAUGUGUAACGCAUGGUAGCUGCGUGAAUAGUCACACAGUGUAGAUUUUAGUCUUUAUUUAUUAAUCAGAGUUUAUCUGUAUAGGGGUAAUAUGUGGAUUUAAGGCCAGCGCUUAUUAGAAGUAUUUAGACCGGUGUGAUUUCAGACUGAGCGCGUGAGUAAAGCUGUAAAAGUGCCGGUAAUGAAGGUGAAGCUAGGCUGGCUAACAGCAGCUAGUUACUGAACUGAGUUAAAUUAGGUCUUUUCUGCAGUAAUAUUUAUCAUGGCAGCAGCAGCAGCUCAGCAGAAGGGUCGCGGGCUCAGUUUCGCCGAGCAGCAGAUGCUCCGACACGGCUGGGAACAAGGUAAAGGUCUGGGAAAAGAAGGGAACGGAAUCUGCGAGCCAAUCAAAGUCAAAGUGAAAUGUGAUAAAGGAGGGGUGGGCCACAAACAAAGUGAGCAGUUCACGUUUCAUUGGUGGGAUCACGUCUUUAAUAAGGCCUCGUCUGGUUUGGAUGUGGAGUCAGGACAGGAUGGUGUGGUGGUGAAGAAAAAAAACGGAGAGGAGGAGGGAAUGAUCUCCAACAAGAAGCCACGCAAAGCCAUGUUUAAAAAGUCUGGACUAUAUGGAGGCUUUGUUAAGUCUGCCACGCUCCUCUCAGGGCAGGAACAGCCUGAAAGCAGGUCCUCCAGUUCAGAGGACAGCAGCAGCAGCUCAGACGAUGACGAUGAUAAGCUGGACCUUUCUAGUACUACCAAAUUAUCUGAUCACGCUCUGAUGAAAGCCUGUGGAGGACGCACUGCACAUAAAGGUGCCAGGCAUGGCCUUACCAUGAGUGCCAAACUAGCCAGACUGGAGCAGCAAGAACAGGAGUUCAUGGCAAAGUACGGCAAGAAGGAGCAAAAAAACAAACCUUCUACUCAGAGUGUAGAAACCCCAAAAAUCACUGAGCAAAAUUCUGAAUUGGACCAGGAGACAGUGAUCAGCACCAAACACAAGAAAUCAAAGAAAAAGAAGAAGAGACAGAGCUCUGAACAUGUCUCUGAGAAUCCUGCCCAAGAGGACGACACCAACAUAGAUCCUCCUCAGAUCCACAGUAAUGAAGAAACAUCAAAAAAGCAAAAGAAGCGCUCCAAAGAAAAGAUAUCCGACACGACAGACGCUUCACUGGACAGUGAGGUAUUAAACACUGAGAAAAGGAAAAAGAGAAAGAGGAAACAUUUAGAAAAGGAUCUGUCAGCUGAGGGAGGAGUGAAUGGGUCUAAUGUGCUGGAUGAGGAUUCUACAGAGAGCAUUCAACAAUCAGACGAGGCUGCAGUGGCUGAUAUAGAGAACAUUGCUGCACUUCCACAGAUAGAUGACAGCAUUUGCAAGAAGGAGAAAAGGAAAAAGAAGAAACAUUCUGAAAAAAGGUCUGUUUUGGAGGAAGGACUGAAAGAGAGUAGUGUGGUCUGCAAUGAGGACUCUACGACUGCAGAAGCUCAUGCACAAGAGCAGCACAACGAAGGCAGUGUUCCAGAAGAUAUCCCGAAGAAGAAGAAGAAAAAGAAACACUCUGAGCCCAAUAAAGAGGAGCCAGUGUCUACAGAGUUAGAAACCAAUAACAGUUUAGAAGCUACUACAGAGGACUCAAGCACCAAGAAAAAGAAAAAUAAGAAAAAGAAGCAUGAAAAGUAAACUGUGGAGGUAUAUUAAGAAAGACUGGACACUGAACACUUGGGUAGCACAUGAUACUUAUGAUCUGAUAAUGAUGAUCUCAGAGGAUGGAGUGAUUUGUUAUUUUUCUACCUUGCCUAAGUGUUUUUUUAAUGUGUUGGGACACAUUAUGUCUUGGAAAUCUGACGAUCUCCUAUGAAUGGGAACAGGACUGGACUUUUGUAAAUCAUCAACAGUGAGGAAUUUCAUGCAUAUUUAAACAAAUCAUGUUUCUCCUCAGACUACUUUUGUUGCAAACUGCUGGUAAUUCUCUUUGUUAAUGAAAUGUAGUGCAUUGGAAUUGACCAUUAAAGGUACACUAUGGUUUUUAA